UCAUUCUUAGACCGCUCAGAGCAACGGAGCUCUUGGAAUAACUAAGAGAAAGGAUUUCUUUUUGUCUUCAAAUUCUUUAUUUGACUAACUAGCUUAAGAUAUGGAUUUUCUCAAUGAGUCCAAUUCCUCUCUAGGGUACACCAAUGCAACAUUAGCCGCGGACAGACCUCCUCACUGCAGCACCAUCCUGCUUGUCAUCUUUGGAGUCAUCUUUCUCUUUGGUAUCCUGGGCAACAGCAUCGUCAUCUACACCAUUAUGAAAAAAAAAAAGUGUCGCACCAAGCAAACGGUCCCCGACGUCUUCAUCCUUAACUUGUCCGUCGUCGACGUCCUCUUCUUGCUGGGGAUGCCCUUCCUGAUCCACCAGUUGCUAGGUAACGGCACCUGGCGCUUUGGCGCUGCCAUGUGCACAAUCAUCACGGCGCUGGACUCCAACAGUCAGAUGGUGAGCACGUACAUCCUCACGGCCAUGACGCUGGACCGCUACGUGGCCACGGUGCAUCCCAUCCGCUUCAAUUACAUCCGCACGCCAUGCGUGGCCUCCCUUGUCAUCGCCGUCGUCUGGGCUCUUUCACUGAUCACCAUCAUCCCCGUGUGGAUGUACGCCGGCCUCAUGCCCCUACCUGGAGGACUGGUGGCCUGCGCCUUACUCCUGCCCGACCCGGUCACCGACACGUAUUGGUUCACGCUGUACCAGUUCUUCUUUGCCUUCGCCAUCCCUCUGGCCAUCAUCUGUCGAGUGUUUUUCAAGAUCCUGCAGCACAUGUCCACCAGCGUAGCCCCGCUGCCCCAGAAGAGCCUGAGGGUGCGCGUCAGGAAUGUGACACGAAUGGCGGUGGCCAUCUGUUUGGCUUUUUUUAUCUGCUGGGCGCCCUACUACAUCCUGCAGUUGGUCCACCUGGGCGUGCAAAACCCCAGCGUGGCCUUCUCCUACGCCUACAACAUCGCCAUCAGCAUGGGCUACGCCAACAGCUGCAUCAACCCUUUCCUCUACAUUGUUCUGAGCGAGACCUUCAAGAGGCACUUCCUCAGAGCUGUGCGGCCUGCCAACAGGAAAUUCAAAGUCCAUUCUAACACCACAGAGGCUGGUAGCGUGAGCGUCAGGAUGGUGCCCGAAGGCGCUCACCUGGAGCCGGUAGCUAGGGAGAUACCUUCAAGUGUCGCUCCGCAGUGAUCAAAAUAUGCUUUACCUUUGCUGGAUUAGAUGCGCUGGUUAAUCCGUUUUAGUGCCAUGGGAAGACGCUUGACGAUUUUCACCCUGGGCUGGUAACUGAGCUGCUUGGAGUUUUGGAGUGUGUGUGUGUGUCUGGGGGGGGCACACUCGACAGGUAGCAGCUGUUACUCACACAUUUGCUGGCAAGAUGACAAAAGGCAGCCCGCAAUGUCUCCAUGGUCUCAAAGGUCAGGCUCCGCAAUCAUUUGUCAUGGUAACAAGGAUCCAGAUUUACCGUACCAUAGGCCCAUCUGUAUACAGGGUGAGGGUACAGAGAAGUUUACUUGCAUGACAAAACUAAUAAAUAAAUAAAUUACAGUGUGUAAACAAGUCUGUGUUGUAAUUCUACAGCUUUUUAAUGAAGGCAUUGUACAGUUACUGGUUAUUGAUUGUGAGAAAAUGCAUUGUUGUCUGUAACUGCCACAUUGUCAUUUUUGCAUGGAUUAUUUUUUUUUUUUUUUGCCAGCCACACCAGAGAGUGGUGGUGAAGAAAUAAAUUCAGCAGUCAAAGGAAAACCACUUAUUCCAAAUCCUUCUGUUACUGUAUCCAACCCCUAAUUUAUAAAUAUAAAAACAUUUGUCCUGUAUUAUGUCGACUGUUUUAUUAUUAUUAUUAUUAAUUCUUGAAAAAGCUGAUGUGUUGGACGAAAUGUUUUUUCAAUCAGCAGGAAAAAAAAAGUCAAUUUCAACAUUU